UUUGCUUGUUGGAUUUAACAGGCAGACGCAUGCACGAUAUGUGUGUUGGGAGAUUCGGGAUAUUUCUAAUCAUAUGUUGUUAAUGGCGUUGUCGGUUUUGGAUGUUCCGGUCACCACUCCUUCUCUGGCGCUGGUGCUGGGGCUCCUUCUCGAAUCUACGUUCCUUCACGUCUGUAACACCAUACAUCUUGUCUUGCGGUUCCUGUUCUGGUAUCUGUUCUGCUCUUUCCCUUGUUCACCCACAUCUUGCCUACUGCAGGGCAUUAGAUAGGCAUGGCCGCAAGGCAUUGGCGACUCCAUUUCGUAGCUCUAGGACUCAUUUGAGGUGCAUAUGGUUAUCAGGCGUCGGUUUUCCAAUGUAGUGAGAUUGAUUGAGAGGUGUAUGAUAAUCCUGCUUGUUCUUGUGGUUGUGGUGAGAUGUGAAUCAAAGAGUGACGUCCUCGAAGGAUGCAUGGCCCAUGCUCCCUCCCCCACAGUUCGAGGCUGUCCCUGCGUCUCAUCUGCCUCUCACCCAUUGCGCCUUCACAUGUCCAAGAAGAUGUUACUAGGCCUCACAGAGACACUGCCGAGUUUGGUAGAAGCCAAAUUCAGAUCAGCAAAGGCAUCGUCCAGCCUGCUUUUCUCACCUACAGAGCUCUCGAUCAUCCGCACAUCCACUGGCAUUCCAUUCCAGCUCCGCUUCUGCCCGUCUCUCGCAAAGAAACCGCUCCCCAAACUCGAAGCGCCGACGCCCACCCCAAAAAAGCACUUUGACCCUUUCGAGACGCCGUCGCCGGACCUGCACAUCGUCGACAUCCCCACGACAGCGCCAACGCACCUCCUCGUGCUCAACAAAUUCCCCAUCAUCGCCGAACACUUCAUCCUCGCAACUAAGGCGAACAAGCAGCAAACACACAUCCUGGAACAAGAUGAUUUGGAGGCGACGCACGCUUGCUUGAAGGCAUGGGGCGCGGACAGCAAGCAGAAGCGUUUGUUUGCCUUCUUCAACUCGGGCGAUCACAGCGGCGCGAGCCAGCCGCACAGGCAUCUGCAGUUUCUGCCUGUGGAGCACAUGCGCGACAGCGAGGCGGCGAACGGGUGGAAUCUGCUGAUCGAUUUGAUCUUGUCGGGCGAGAGCAGCACAGACGCAUCUUCUCGGCUCUUGCAAAGCACUAGCAUCCCGUUUGCGCAUUUUGGGCGAAGGUUCGAUGGUGAACCCACCGGACAACAGCUCCUCGGCAUCUACGACGAGUUGUAUGGUCUGGCGAAGGACGCCGUCAACGACUUCAUAGCGAAAAAUCCGAGCGCAUUCGCUCUGCACCCAACCGAAGGCGGUGACUCGCCCAUAAGUUACAACAUGGCAAUGACUACAGCAGGCAUGGUGAUCUUGCCUAGACGGUCUGAGGGCACAAUGCUCAAGCGCCCUGAUGGUAGCGAGAUUGGUUUUGUUGCUCUCAACGGCACUACUCUCGGAGGGACAAUGAUGGUCAAGCACCAAGAAGAGUGGGAUGUAUUGCGCUCGCAGAGAGGCAAGCUUGAAUCCAUACUUAAUGCCGUGGGCAUACCGAAGGAUUCCGAUACAUACAAAUCCCGCGUCUAGUUCGCUUGAACGACUUACUGACUGCACGUCGUAUCUCAUCGAGGAUGUCGUUGGUGACGACAUGCUUACCUUUUAGACGCCCACAAUCAGCAACAGCACCGUGGCCCUAGAACCUGAAGGGAGAUUCUCACGUGUGAGACUACCUGGCUUUCGAUUUGCACUCACACAGCCCAACUCCUGGUGUCAGCCCAAUGUCGAUAGCCGAGUACCUCGCAAUCAAGAAGGACCAAGGACCCAGUAGCUGUCAGACAAAGACUUUCUCACCCUAUGCCCC